CAGUGAUGUAAUCUGUCCAGCCUGCGCUCCACACUGCCACUGUUUGCAGGGUGCACGGGAUAAUUGUGAAACCCAUAUUACAAUGCAACAACCAAAAAGAGAGGCGCUUCAUGAAACUGUGAGCGACUGAGCGAGGGAUCAGACAGACAAGCACCAGAUAAUCACCCCCCCUUAGCCAGCCUUUACAAAGAAACUCCUCACAAGCGUGGGAAAAAAAAUUAAACGAAGAAGAAAAUAGAUCUGUAUUUCAAAUUUCGUUCUUACUUUCCUGAGUGUAUCUCUAAAACAAGUUUGGAAUCAUUUUUUUUCUCGUUUUGUUUGCCUGGAUUUUAACUGGAGUUCUCUGGGCUGUUAAAUUGGAUUAACCCCCGUCUGUGAAGCAAACGGAUUUCAGCUGUGCGUUUGCAGCAAGUGAGAGAGAGAAAGAGAAAGAGGAGACGCAUUCAGAAACUUUUUUUUCUGCUUCAAAGGCUUUCGUGGGAAACCAUUGUAACUAAUUACAGUAACUGGCUGUUGCAGAUUUGAAUCCUAAGAAUUGAAGCUCGGUGAACACACAGUGACAUUAGCCGGACACUGCCUCCCCAUUCCGCCACGGGGUUCAGAGUUCAGGAAUUGUACCGAAACAUCACACUCUGCAGUGCUUGUGUUUUAAAAGCAGGUACUGUCCUGGGAUGAUGUGUUAAGCAAAGACAAUGCCAGCAGUGCAGGGGUGAAUGCCUCUCUAACACAACAUAGGAGACAAAUGGGAAUUGUGGCUGUGCGUGGCGCCUGUGCACUUACAGGUGCAGUAAUACAAGUACAAAUGUUCACCAUGCCACCCGGGGCAGUCCUUAUUUAUACCUUCCUCUGUCUGCUGGGGAGCAGCUUCCUGAGCGCCUAUGAAACCUUCACCCGAAGCGGCACCAAAUUCGAGCACCUGGCCCUUCACCCAGACCCCCAGACGGGCACGGUCUACAUCGGAGCCACCAACUACCUCUUCCAGCUGAGCUCCGACCUGCAACUGAGGACUGAGGAGAGCACGGGGCCAGUUGAGGACAGCAAAGACUGCCUGCCGCCCAUCGCCUUCACCCACUGCCCCCAGGCCCGCCUGGCCAACAACCACAACAAGCUGCUGCUGGUCAACCCCUAUAAAGGGGAGCUCAUCACCUGCGGCAGCGUUCACCAAGGCAUCUGUGAGAAACGCAGCCUGGAUUCCAUCAAGAAUAUCCUCUUCAAGACUGACCGGCCGGUGGACACCCAAUAUGUGGCGGCCAAUGACCCAAACGUGACCACUGUGGGGCUGGUUGCCCUCUCCAAAGAGCAGCAGCCUGUCCUGUUUGUGGGCCGCGGCUACACCAGCAGCCACCCUCCCAUCUCCACCCGCAACCUGGUGUCUCCGCUCAUCUUCUCGUACGAGGAGACUGCCAAGCUUGCCGUGGCGGGCCGUCUUUCGGAAUAUGACCACCAUUUUGUCAAGUCCUUCUCCCACCACUCCUCAGUCUACUUCCUUUUUUACCGGCGGGAUUUGAAAUCCCAGUCCCGGGAGUACAAAACUUACAUCUCCAGGAUCUGCUUGUACGACACCUCCUAUUACUCUUACGUGGAGGUGCCGCUGGUGUGUCGGACUGCUGGGAAGAACUAUAACCUACUGCAGGCCGUCCACGUGGGGCACCCGGCCGAGGGGCUGGGGGCUGGGCGGCUCAGGACUCAAGGGGACGUGCUGGUGGGUGUGUUUUCUAUGGGACUGGCCUCCUCGGGGAAGCCCGGAGAGGACUCUGCAAUGUGCAUGUACACGCUGGAGGAGAUCGACCGGCGCAUCAACGCCACGCGGGACCUGUGCUACACGAGGGACGGACGGGCCGAGGGUGGAGAGGCAGCCUACAUAGAGUAUGACGUCAAGUCCCUCUGUGCUAACCUCCCCUCGAACACCCUCGAUGCCUACCCCUGUGGUUCUGACCACACCCCCAGCCCAAUGGCCAGUCGAGUUCCGGUUGAGGCUGCCCCGUUAUUGGACAGCCCGAACACCCGUCUCACCGCCGUGGCUGUCAGUGUGAUGGAGGGACAUACCAUUGUGUUCCUGGGGGACAGCAAGGGAAACUUGCAUAAGGUUUUCCUCGGCCCCUCUGGCGAAGCAGAGAAGUAUGCCACGAUAAUGAUCCAAUCAAACGCUGCCAUCGGUGGGGACCUGCUGCUGGACCAAUCGCAGGAGUAUCUCUACAUCAUGACUCAGUCCAUGGUGGUGAAGCGUCCAGUGGCUGAAUGUUCCAAGCACCUAGAUUGCCAGUCCUGCCUCUCUGCCAAUGAUCCGUACUGUGGCUGGUGUGUGCUGGAGGGAAUGUGCGGUCGACGGUCCGACUGCCUGCGGUCAUCGCUGGCUGGUCAGUGGAUGUGGAGCUAUGACCAACACCAGCAGUGCCUGAGAGUCCAGUCAUUGACUCCAUCCAACAUCAGCAGGGAGGAGAAGAGAACUAUCUUCCUCUCGAUCCCUGAACUGCCUGCUCUCGUUGAGGAGGAGUCCUAUUCCUGCUUCUUCGAGGACUACGAGAGCCCAGCUGUGCUGACUGAGACCGGGGUUACCUGCUCUUCCCCUGAUGCCAACAAGGUCCCACCCAUCCGCCAGGGGGAAGACUACGUGACGGUGAGGCUCUCCCUGCGCUUCCUCAAUAUCACCGUCUCCUCCACGGAGUUCACCUUCUACGACUGCAGUGCUGUGAAACAGCUCUCCAGGAGCAUGCCGUGUCGUGGAUGUGUAAGCAGCCAGUGGGGGUGUAACUGGUGUGUCCAUCACCAUCUGUGCACCCACAAGCCCACCUGUGAGGAGGGAGUCAUCAUCUACAACAAGCAUUUUGCCCUUCCUACUUCACCUCCCCCUUCAGUGACGCCAGUGAUAGUGUUUUCUACAGCACCUCUGCCCUCCACUUUGGCUCCAACAACAUUACCAACAACCGUCCCUACUGUAACAACUACCACCGCCGCCACCACCACCACUACUACUGCUCCCACUACUACAACUACACCUCCCACGACUACGACUACUUCUCCUCCCACAACUACUUCUCCCAUGACAACAACAGAGAGUCCAACUACAACAGAGCCCACAACCAUCCCAACGACUGUCCAGCCAGCCACAGUUCCCACAACACUGCCUACAACCACAGAACCGACCACCCUGCCAACCACUCUAGCUGCCACCACCACCACCACCACCACUGCUUCUACUGAAGCAACUGCAGUGGCCAUGCCAGCCGAACACACGGUACCCGUUUUGGUUGCAGAAGAGACAACUGAAGAGGAGAUUGUGACGACAGCCGACUACACCGACCUUCUAACGAUGAACCAUGCGGUGGAGUUAGAUGAGACUGAAGUGCCACCUUCCCCACAGCCUACAGCAGGUGAGGAUAGGAACACAAGCCCGUUUACCACCCCAGCUCUCCUUACCUUCCAACCCCUCGUUGCCUCUGUGACUGCUUCCCCCGACCCAUCGAAUGACACCAUCCAGCUCAAUGACGCUCUGUCAAUAGUAGAACCUCCCCAUGACGUCCUGCCGCCCACUGUGACCGCCACCCAAAGCCCGACUGACCCCUCCCCUUUGGAAACGCCUUCUGAUUCAGACUCGGAGUUUGAAUUCCCCAUCGCAGAGAUGCAGCCCACUGUGAUCUCAGAACAGCUCCUGGACGCUGGCUCGGACCCAGUUCCCUGGUUUGAGGAGGUGCAGAUGGAAAAUGAUACGGCCCCGUUCUCGGCCAGCACGCUCCUUUCUGGAGACGGCGAUGCAGAAAAUGUGUCCCUCACCUUCCCACGAAUGCUGGACUCAGACUUGGAAUUCGAUUACCAGUAUGAUUCCCCGGGAUUCUACACAGUGGGCGAGGAGGCUGUCGGUGUCAGCUGGGGACCUGCAGACUGCCCCUGUGUGGAGAGUGUCCAGGGGUCAGCCCUGCUGCCUGUCAACGUGGAGAGGAAGAUCACACUGCUGGGCAAGAACCUCCACCUCUUCCAGGAUCACGAGCUGGAUUACGAGUGUGUGUUUGUGAUCGAGGGGAGGAUGGUGGUCGUGGACACCUAUGUGGAGACUGACGAGCUGGAUCCAUCCCUGUAUUACCUCACCUGCCAGCUCCACCGGUACACCUACUCCGCCCAGCAGGAGGACUAUAACGCUGUGGUCUACAUCAAGAGGAGGGACACCUACCGCGUGGACAGCGCUCAGGAUCUCUAUGUGACCCUGUAUAACUGUUCGGCGGGGCGAGCUGACUGCAGUCGCUGUCAGACUGCAGAUCCCAAGUACAGCUGUGUGUGGUGUGGAGGGGGGCAGUCCAGCUGUGUUUACAAGGAGUCCUGUACUGAGGAGAUCAAGCAGACCUGCCCUGCACCCCUUAUUCACUCUAUUGAACCCCUGUCCGGUCUGGUGGAAGGAGGGACUGUCGUCACCAUCUCGGGUUCAAACCUGGGUCAGAAGUCUCAGGAUAUCGAGCACACCGUGUCUGUGGCGGGGAUACCCUGUACAGUGGACCCCAGCAGAUAUGAGGUCUCCACCAGGAUUGUGUGCAUGACGACCGCCAGCGAUGGGCCGAAGUCUGGCCACGUGUCUGUGGAGGUCAAUGGAGGAGGUCAUGGUGUUUCCACCCAGGUGUUCACUUACCAGGACCCAGUUUUGGAGAGCAUCUCCCCCCAGCGUGGCCCGAAGGUGGGCGGGACCUCCCUCAACAUCACAGGCAGCAAGUUACUGACGGGACGUCCCAGUGAGGUCAGCAUCUUCGUGGGAGACAUCCCCUGUGUCAUUUCCUCAGAGCUGCAGGAUGAUUGGUUACAGUGCCAAACUGGCCCCAGUAACGUCACGGCCGAGCUGACUGUCCGGCUGCGGUAUGGGCAGAACGAGAGGCGACUGCAGGGCACUCUGUACUACUACACUGAGGAUCCCAACAUCACCCAAGCCGGCCCACCAAAGAGCUUCCUUGGUGGGGGGCGGGUUAUCCGGUUGUUCGGACACAAUCUGGAUGUGGUGCAGAGUCCGAAAAUCCAGGUGACUCUCUCACCAAUGAAACAGCGGAGAAAGCGGCGGGGUGUGGAGGCCCAGGACAGGUCACCACGGCGACACAGGCGUAUCGUUCCGGACACGGGAUGCCCUGAAGAUACUCUGUGUUCCAUCCAACAGUUUGUGGAGCCCUGCCAGGUGAACACCUCCUCCCUGAUCCUGUGCAAGAGCCCAGCUAUCGGGACGCUGCUGAGAAACGCCCAGGUAACCGUGGAGUUCAUCAUGGACAACCUGCGAGUUGACUUCAACAGCAUCAGCCAGACCCGCUUCUCCUACGAGCUGAACCCCACACUCAAGCCACUCAGCGGGGUCGACAGCAAGCCCUACCGACACAAACCAGGCAGUGUAAUCUCUGUUGAGGGGGAGAACCUGGAUCUGGCCAUCUCCAAGGAGGAGGUGCUGGCUAUGAUUGGUGAAGGGAACUGCUCAGUGAAGACUCUGUCCAGGAAUCACCUGUACUGCGAGCCACCCCCUGAGCAGCCAUCGCCACGGCGACGGAAGAAGCGGGAUGGAACUGACUCUCUUCCAGAAUUCAUUGUCCAGAUGGGUAACUUGAGGUUUAUGCUGGGGAAGGUCCAAUACGACACUCAGAGUCUGUCCACUUUCCCACUGGAGGCACAGAUUGGAGUAGGUGUGGCAGCCUCCAUUGUAGCCCUUAUUGUCCUGAUCAUUGUACUCAUAUACAGGAGGAAGAGCAAACAAGCUCUGAGGGAUUAUAAGAAGGUGCAGAUCCAGCUUGAAAACCUGGAGACCAGCGUGAGAGAUCGCUGCAAGAAGGAGUUCACAGACCUCAUGACUGAGAUGAUGGACGUGUCGAGUGACCUGGUGGGAUCGGGGAUCCCCUUCCUGGAUUACAAGAUGUACGCCGAGCGCAUCUUCUUCCCCGGCCACCGGGUGUCUCCCCUGCGCAGGGACCUGGACGUGCAGGAGUGCCGCAGACAGACAGUGGAGCAGGGGCUGGUGCAGCUCUCCAACCUGCUCAACAGCAAGCUCUUCCUGACCAAGUUUAUCCACACCCUGGAGAGCCAGCGUACCUUCUCCCCACGGGACCGCGCCUACGUGGCGUCUCUCCUGACUGUCUCCCUGCACAGCAAGCUGGAGUACUUCACUGACAUCCUGAAAACCCUGCUCAACGACCUGGUGGAGCAGUAUGUGGCCAAGAACCCCAAACUCAUGCUCCGGAGGACCGAGACUGUCGUAGAGAAGCUGCUGACAAACUGGAUGUCUAUCUGUCUGUAUGCCUUCCUUCGGGAUUCUGCAGGAGAAUCCCUUUACAUGCUUUUCAGGGCUAUAAAGCACCAGGUAGACAAGGGGCCAGUUGAUGCCGUCACUGGGAAAGCCAAAUACACCUUGAAUGAUAACCGGCUGCUGAGGGAGGACAUAGAGUACCGCACGCUGACUCUAAAUGUCCAGAUGCAGGGGGGAGGGAACGAGGCUCAGCCUGUGCAGUCCAAAGUUCUGGACUGCGACACGAUUACCCAGGUGAAGGAGAAGAUACUGGACCAGGCUUAUAAAGGGACUUCCUUCUCCCACCGGCCGCACACAGACUCCCUGGACCUUGAGUGGAGGUCAGGGGUGGCAGGUCACCUGGUCCUGUCAGAUGAAGAUUUGACCUCUAUUGUUCAGGGGAACUGGAAACGCCUGAACACCCUUCAGCACUACAAGGUACCAGAUGGAGCAACAGUGGCUCUGGUGCCAAGAAAUAGCAAACACAUCCACCAUGACAACCAUGAUUACGUGGCAGGGGAAAAGACCCCAAUGCUGGAGGAUCUGGACGAGGGUGGGAUUAAGCUCUGGCACCUGGUCAAGGCCAACGAGGAGCCCGAUUUGCCCAAGCACCGGAAAGGCAGCAUGCGGGAGAGGGAGAGAGCCAAGGCCAUCCCUGAGAUCUUCCUGACACGGCUGCUGUCAAUGAAGGGUACGCUGCAGAAGUUUGUUGACGACCUGUUUCAGGUGAUCCUCAGCACGAGCCGGCCCGUCCCCCUGGCAGUCAAAUACUUCUUUGACCUCCUGGACGAGCAAGCAGUGCAUCAUGGGAUCAUCGACCCAGAAACGAUACAUAUCUGGAAAACAAACAGCUUGCCUUUGCGGUUCUGGAUCAACAUCAUCAAAAACCCGCAUUUCAUUUUUGACGUGCAGGCGUCGGACAAUGUGGACGCUGUGCUGUCAGUCAUCGCUCAGACCUUCAUGGACUCCUGCACCAUCGCAGAGCACAAGCUGGGGAGGGACUCUCCAAUUAACAAGCUGUUGUAUGCCAGAGACAUCCCACGGUACAAGCAGAUGGUGGAAAGGUACUACGCAGAUAUCAGACAGAUGAUAUCUGCCAGUGACCAAGAGAUGAACUCGUCUCUAGCAGAGCUAUCUCGGAACUACUCAGGUGAACUGAAUUACCUUGUUGCUCUUCAUGAGCUUUAUAAGUACAUCAACAAGUAUUAUGAUCAGAUCAUCACUGCAUUGGAGGAGGAUCCCACCGCUCAGAAGAUGCAGCUCGGGUACCGACUCCAGCAGAUAGCGGCUGCCGUGGAAAACAAGGUCACCGACUUGUGACAAGAAGACAUUUGGGAGAACGCAAGCUCGUAGGAGGAGGACACCCCAGUAGAGUGUGGAUUUAGUAACUGAGACCCCCUGCAGUCAUCCUGCUGCCAGCUCUGUCACAGACUGCUUCACUUUUUUACAGAGCGUCUUACAACGCCAGGAUGUUAAUAUUUCCAUCAUCUGUUAUAAGAAGCUAAACGUGUUUGUCGGUUUGAAUCAGCUGCUGCCAUGUGAGGUUUCCCAAGAAAGGGAUCUUUAAAAGAUGUUAAUUAAGACUGCCAUGUUAAUUAGGUCAGUUUUAAUUGGACAGUUUGUUAAUACCUUGAAAACGCAAACAGGACUCCCUCUUCAAUUGAAAAAGUAACGUUCUCAAGUCUGCCUAACAGCCAUUGGAAAUUGCACUUGUGGGUUCUAGCUCUGAGUCCUGGUGACCUUCAACAAGGUUAAAGAAGAGAAAGAAAUGGCAAGCAAUUUAAUAGGGCACUGUCUUUAUGGAAAUCAAUGCUUCUAUUCUCUGAUUUUAAAAGAGUUGACAUAUCUAUCAGUGUUAUGCCACGCAAGCAGGGACUGAGUUCUUGGGUUUAUUAAAGAUCACUAUCUGCACAGAGGCAGGCAGCAGGGUGGGAAUCAAAAAUAAAUGCACUGUCUAGAGAAUGUGUUAAAGAUAUUUAAUUAUGGGAAGGUAGCUCUAAGCCGAGUAGAAGGAAUAUAUUUUGUUAUGUUUUGCUAAUUCUGGGGAAAGGAGGAAUUUAGAAAAGGAAAAGUUUCACAUCUGCAAUCAGACUGAUCAGGUACGAACGAGUCAGGAAUGUGUUUUUUGUUUAUGGGAUGGUUUUCAGAUGGGUUAGAUGAUUUUCUUCUAGGAAUCCUCCGGAGAAAAAGAUUGUUCUCCUGAUUUCUCAAGAAAUCUCGGAAGAAUAUCCAUGUGAUUUUAAAUGGAAAGCACAGUUUGGAAAUGGUCUAUUUAGUCAGCAUUCUGUUUAGUAAAAUAAGCCCUAAAUUAAAUCUCACCAAACACUGGGUAAUGAAUGUCUUGUAAACCUAGUCACCUAAAUGUCAUUCAAACUCAUUUUUUCAUUUUAGCUGCUUUAUCCAACAAUUAUUAUUAUUUAAGUAUGAUUCCCGAGUGACUGUUGACUGCCGUUACAAUUGAGUGCUGUACUGCAUUAAAAAACAUAAGCACAGGCUUUCCAGUUGGCUUACAUUUAAUGAAGGGUGGAUAAAUCAAGAUUUGUCCUGCUAUUGUUAGGGAACUAAAUAGGUUUGGUCUUGUUACUACCAAGCAACAAAUAGAAUGAAAACUAAACCGAAAUGUUAACAACUGGACAUGAGGUACUUCAGUUCUGAAAUAACUGUUAGAACCGUGUGGGACACUUUAACUCCUCCACUGUGUUUACAGCACUCCGAAUUGCAUAGAGGAAAUGUAACACAAGCAACCACAGCACAGGCUUGCCACCAGAGGGCAGUGUUACUUGGUAACCCUAUUUGUUUUAAAGCCAUGUAUAUUCUGUCCUGAGCUUGUCUUUCUUUUAAAACGGUCUGUAGCUUUAAAAGUGUGAGGUAUAAGACUUGUUACUCUGCUGGUUUAGUGCUGCACGGACAAGUUUGCUAUUGCCAGUCCAAUUUAAAGGGGAGGAGAGACUUGUAUUUAAUGUGGGCACAAUGUAACUGCCAUUUUAUACAGCAGUUUGAGUCAUUCCAGUUGCGUGGUGUGUCAAAACACAAGCGUGUCUAAUUAGGCUUACAGAAAAAGUCUCAAACUGAUCAGCAAUGGCGCUCUGCAGUGUUUGACCUUGUUUGCAACUUUGUGCAUCUCCCAGGUAUUUCAAAGUAACCUGUACCUAGGCUUGGGAAGAUAUGUUUACAUUUGUACGCCAAGAACCCAGUGACUGUAAACAUGACCAACUAAUUAUCUAGCGUCUCAAAACUGAAUUAAACAUUGUAACCCUUUUUGUUUUCCUAAAAUAAGUAGACUUUUUUUUGGUGCAAAGUCUAUGCUGAAUAGUGCAUUACUGCUAAAGCCUUUGAAAAUGUAACAAGAUUUUGUCUAGUUGAUGCCAUUUAUAUAAAUCAUUAGAUUUGCUGUUUUUAAUAUCAGUGGAUAAAUGGUGCCCAUAUUGAGAAGACUGCCAUAAAACCUAUAGACAUAUACACUACUGUGUAUGGUGAUGGGCUUUGAAUCUCAAUGCCCAUCUUUUGCUUUCUUUCUCAAUUAGCCACAGGAUGUUUUUUCUACAGCUGCAUUGCUGAGGUUGAUGGACAGAGCUUGUUGAGUGGGCCAAAGUGCCCAAGUUGCACCUCACUCUCAAAUCAUAUUUGAUGCAAGUUACAGUGUGAUUCUGUGGCCGUCUGAAAUUUAGGGCCAUUUAGGAGAACUUUUUUUUUCUGGUUAAUCUUGUAGUUCUAAGAAGUAGCUUCAAAUGUCAUUUUAAAGUUGACAUUUUCCUUCCUCCUGUGAUGUGUUUAAAAUCAUUCUGUUGCUCCCAUAUUCACUUAACAUUUUUCUAUAAACUUGUCCUUUUGAGCUUGUCUAAAGUAUCCUACAUGCCAGGACUGAACAGCCUUUAUUCCAUUCGGUGACAAUGUGACAGAGUGGCUGGGGCUGACAGAGUUAAAAGCUUACGUUGUCACUUGAUUUGAAUGGAAUGAUGAAGGCUGUUAAUCCCAGCAUUUUGGGUUCUCCAGACAAGGAAAAUGGUAAUAUUUAAAUAUUGGAGCAAAAUAACCCAGAACCGCUCAAAGAAUGCAAACACCAUAAUGAGGGGAUAUACAAAGUCAUUGAAAUGACAUUCAAAGAUACUUACUCUUUUAAGAUGUCUAUAUUGAUUUUGUUUUUUUCUUCUGAAACCUCAGAUGGUUUCUUGUGAUUUCCUUGGAGAAAUUUGAAUUUCAAGAUCAACGCAGAGGAAAUAGAAUUGGGAAUUACCUUAAAAGAAUUUCCGAUUGCCACAGAUCCCUUAGUGUCCUGUAAACGCUUUCACCCACUGAGAGGGAAAUGUUGCUUCUCGUGUGGGCUGUCCUGGGUAAUUUAUUUUUAAAUAAAUAAACUGUAAAUAAGCAAGGGUCCCAGCAUCAUUUCUAGACAACAGUACUGUUAAAUUAUAGAGCGUGUACACAUCACUACAUCUUGCAACUUGUUUGGAUUUCAGUGUGCAAAGUUGGAUUGACUGUCUGCAUUUUAGAUAUUUUUAUAUAGUGUAUAAUUAUAUUAUAUAAAUAUGGUAUGUUUGACAAGGCAGCAUGCUAGGAAGUGAUGUCUGUUUGAGAACAUGAAUAAGGCAAAAAAAAAAACUUACAAACAUUCCAGUUACAAAGCCUUGAAAUUGUUAUUGUUGCAUAAGUAUCUGUUACUGGGAAAUAAGAUGCAUACAUUUUACUUAAUAUCCCGCUACAUGCAAACACCCUUGGAAGUUUGAAUAAAUGUGUAAAUAAUGCUCAGUUCUGUAGUGGAAAAUGUGUGUGUGUGUUUUUUUUUUUUUACCUGCUUCAUUCAUUCCUGCAAUAAUUUUCACUAUGGCUGAUCAAAAGCAUUGUCUCAACCCACGCUAUUGGUCAUCUAUGAUGGGAAUGUGCAGAAAAACUACUAUUAGAGACACCAAACUUGGUGCACAGUGUAAAUGACAGUAUUGUGUGGAUUUGUGUAUUGGACGGGGUGCUGAAAACAUCUAAUGACCCUCAAAUGUUUACUUUUGGCCACCAGAAGAUAAGCCUGGGUGUCCGAAUUGCUCCUGGCUGUUGUAUAAAAUGGUGAUAAGUCGAGUAACCAAGGCUUUAAAAACAGACUCCUCACCCCUCAUUCCCAUAACACUAUAUCCCUUUUGGCCCUCUCCAGAAACACGUUUUGGUUUGUGCUUACUUAAAGAGCAACUUGGUAUGGUUAUGAAAUAUCCGUGUUAUCUUCACCAAUGAUUAUUGUUUAGAAUCACUUUGUAGAUCAUUUCCUGUUUCAGUAAGACAUUUAAAGCAGCCCUGUGUGGCCUCUCCUCUCUAAGUACAGCUGGUAGACCAGAGUGUAACCAUUAACCUGUCCCUCUGCCCCCAGUAGAUAAGAAAUACCACAUUUGUUCUACAUAGUAUUUCUUGCCGUGAGUUCAAACAUCUACUAAGUUGACUGUAUUGAGAAACAACACUCAAGUGAGCACUAACACUUGUUUCUGAAUAUGGUCUUUUGCUUUUAAUAGUUUAUUACUCAAGUGAUGUCCACAUAUCCUGCCACAAUGUUGCAGUUUUGAUGGAAAUAUUAAGUUCACUUCCUGUGUUACAGUUAAUACAAUCCCACCCAAGCCAUGUACUUCUGGUCCAGGCUGCAAGUAGGAAAAUAGUAAUGGUCCAAAUAAUGGGGUUCCAAUUUCUAGGACACAGGAAGUGGAAACAAAGUGUUGUGGCAGGAAAUGGGCAUCAGUGAAGUGAAAAGUGUGGAAAGCAAUUGAUCAAUAGAAAAAUAAGGGAACUGUUUUAAUGGUACGCUAAUAAAGGGAUUACUUGCCUUGGUUUUAAACCAAAGUAUUUUUGCUUCUAUCUAGAAAUGUGAAGAUGGCAUGUUGCACCCUCUGGUCCAUACAGAGUCUUAGUUCUACAGUGUAUACUAAAUUAAUGGCAAACUGAUUUUUGUUCCACUACACAGUGUAAUAUAAUUUGGGUGGAGAAUACCAGAAUUUUAUUGGUUCGGCUGUAUAAAAAAUGAUUCUAUAGAGCAGGUUCUGAAGGAGCACUGAAGGUUUUUUUGUUUUGUAUUUAUUUUCUUUAGAAAAUUCACCAUCACUGUUAAUAUCUCUGUAAAUAACCAUGUAAUAAGUCUUCAGCUACCUAACCUGUUACAGAAGAGAUGAGAGAAUUCCUACACACAUGUAAUAAACUAGAACUACUAUAAA